GGGAGGAGCAGUGCGCUUGCGUGCCGCCAGCUGCGCAUGCGCAGGCGCUAGGUGGCCCUCGGCGGUCGAAAGGGGAGUUCAAGGAGACGGGGGCGACGCGGCUGCGGCUGCCUCGUCCGGGUCGGGGCUGCCGACAGCAUGCCGGGGAUAGUGGAGCUGCCCACUGUGGAGGAUCUGAAAGUGGAGGAGGUGAAAGUCAGUUCGGCUGUGCUUAAAGCUGCGGCCCAUCACUAUGGCGCUCAGUGCGACAAACCCAACAAGGAGUUCAUGCUGUGCCGCUGGGAAGAGAAGGACCCACGGCGGUGUUUAGAGGAAGGCAAGCUUGUCAACAAGUGUGCUCUGGAGUUCUUCAGGCAGAUAAAGCGUCACUGUGCAGAACCUUUUACAGAAUAUUGGACCUGCAUCGAUUAUUCCGGGCUGCAGCUGUUCCGUCGCUGUCGCAAACAGCAGGCAAAGUUUGACGAGUGUGUGCUGGACAAGCUGGGCUGGGUGCGACCUGACCUGGGAGAACUGUCCAAGGUCACCAAAGUGAAAACAAAUCGACCUUUACCGGAGAAUCCCUAUCACUCAAGACCAAGACCAGAGCCCAACCCUGAGGUAGAAGGAGAUCUGAAGCCUGCCAAGCAUGGCAGCCGCCUUUUUUUCUGGACCAUGUAAAAUGGGUCCAUGGCCCACAUUCAGUCACGCGCCCAGACGACUAUGGAGGAAAACUCACAUGCAGUUUGCAUCGACUGACUGAUAGAGUUCUUUCCGGGAUCACAAACAUUAACAAAAAGUUAAUUUAUGUGACUUGGCAGUUAUUCUAUACCAUUUCCUGGCCAUUAAAAAAUUUAAAGGAAACA